UUGAGCCAAAGAGCGUACUGCGACGUAUCUACUCGUAAAGAAAUUGUCACUAGAAAGAAGCAUACACAGUUUAUCUCUCGCGUAAUUGCGAAACAAUAAUUUUGAGGCCAUUUUACUUUCUCCUCGAAAGUGUGUAAAUGUUCAUUUCUCGCGCAAUCACUGAUUACUGAUAAGACAAGACAGACUAUUUAAACGACUCGCCGUUCAGUCAACAAAGCCCUUGAUGUUGCGUGAACAUGUCAGGCGACACGGACAUCGCGAGAUACUUCGAGUUCGCGAAGAACCUCACGCUGCAAGCUGGAAAGAUACUCAAAUGUGAUCUACUUGAAGAUAACACAGUUAAAAAACUCAACCUAAGAAACUACACCGAACUCGUGACCGAUGUCGACCACAGAGUUGAGAAUCUGUUUAUCGAUAGCCUGUCGAAGGAGUUUCCCGAUCACAAGAUUAUCGCGGAAAAAACGACGAAAGACGAACAGACGCCGGAACUGACGGACGCGCCUACGUGGUUCAUCGAUCCGAUCGACGGAAACAACGAAUCCGGAACAACGAAUUUCGUGGACACGUUCUUCACGAGUUGCAUAUCCGUCGGUUUGACGGUGCGCAAGGAACCUGUUCUGGGUAUUGUCUUCAAUCCCUCGCACUCGGAGCUGUACAGCGCGACAAGAGGCAAAGGCGCGUUUCUGAACGGGAAACCAAUUCGCACUUCCAACGUUACCGAACUGAAGAAAGCGAUGAUAACGGUCGAGCCGUUGUGUCCAAAAUGUUCCACGACACCCAGAGACAUCGUUAUAGGCAGAUCGGAGGCUCUGACUAUAAACACACAAGCAACCAGAUCUCCCGGAUCAGCCGCUCUGUGCAUGGCGUACGUGGCGCGAGGUAAGCUAGAUUGUUUCUACUUGCACGGACUUCGAUCAUGGGACACCAUGGCGGGAACUGUAAUCCUACGCGAAACGGGCGGAAGUGUCAUCGACAUGAAAGGUGGUGCUUUUAAUAUCAUGAAGCCGAAUCCCAUAGCGGCGUCGUGCGAGACUCUGGCGCGAGAGGUGCAUAAAUUACUCGUCGAUACCGAUUUAAAAACGCAAAGAAAACGACUUAAACGAACCUGUAACGCAAAGCAAAAGAAAACUCACGAAUAAAUGAUAAACUGAAUGUGAAGCAGAAGGCGUAUCGUCGGGAACGUGUCUCAGCCUAUCACGCAACACGAGGAAAUUGAGAAACCAGUCUAAAGAGAUUUACGUCGAUGAUUUCUAUUGACGUAGAAGACACACAGAUGUCGCAAAUCGAAAUUUAAAUCGCGUCAACCGCAUGGCGUACAUGAAGUUGCGUGAAAUCAAUUAAUGCGUUUUCCCAAUCUUUUCCUCUCCACUUGAUCGUCACUGUUAUAUAAAUAAAAUAAAAUUCGUCUCGAAAGAGUUAAAUGGUAAUAAAUAAGUUGUUUGUACGUGUGUGUGUACAACAACUUAUUUAUUACUUAUUUAUUACUUUAAUUCUAAGUUGAGAAAUAAUUUUAAAUUUAUAUACAUAAAAAUCCUCAAAUAUGCGAUAAUCUUUGGCAGCAAUUUCGAACUUGAUCUUGAGGAAAAAUUCUUGACUAGGCAAGACAGAAAAAGAGUGCACGAUUUCUCUUCACGUUGAUGUCAGAUUGAAAUGAAAAUGAUAGUGAUUUUAAUUUCUUGCAACGUGUUUUGACGCGUUGUGUGUCGCAGUUUUUUUAUAAAUAACAUUAUGUAUGUGUGUUGAUCAGGAAGUGCGUACGUAAAACUGUCAAUAACAGUCAAUAAUCUUGUGCGAGAUUAUACGUGCGACUUGUACGAGAUCGCUUCUUGAUAAAAAUAAAAAUAGAAAAAUUCAUACAUAUUACAUCAAGAUGAUGACGGUUUCAAUUAAUUAUCACACAAAAUUUCCAAACUGAACUAUGUGUGUCGUGCCGCUUAACAAGUCAUCAUGUAAAUUGUAAAUCAAACCAUCUAUUAAUGCGUCUCUUUAAUUAUAUGAGCAGAUAAUAAUAAUCCUUACGCCUGCGAGAUACACACGACAUUGUUUGUUUCUGUAAGAUGUCACCGUUAUGGAAUAAGAUAAAGGAUACAUAUAAAUAUUCCGAUGCGACAGUUUGAUCACAUUGUGCAUAUAAUACAAUAAAUAUUCAUCGUCGCUCAUCUUGUCCCGUGUCGUAAAUUACUUUGGCACGGCAGAUCAUCUUCAUUUCAAUGCACGUAUAUAUAAAGUAUUCGACCUAAUUAGUAUUAAUUCUUAGCAACGAUAUUUUUGCAAAGAUUGUUUUUACGAAGAUAGAUGAAAUCGGAAAGAAAGAGAAUCUUAAUGUGAAUCUUAAUGUGAAUUUGUUUGUAUAAUCGACUUAUAAUUAAAGAAUUUGUGAUUUAUCGAAGAUUAUAAAUACUUGUGUAAUGAACGCGCGUAAAAAUUACAAAUUCGAUAAAAAAAAAAAACCAAAGCAAAAAAUUGUUUAGUCACUGGUAAUCAAGAACCGGAAGAUGCCGCGGAUAAUGAUCAAAAUUAUUACGGCGAUAAAUCAAACAAUAAUUUCGAAGUAUCAACAAAUCGCAACACGUAAUUGCAAGACGCGCGCACAAGAGAGAAACGCUGGAUAUUAUUAUUCGCUGAGAAUCAAGUUAGAUUUUUUUUGAAGUCAAAGCAAACUUGUCCGGACAUUCGAGAUGCGUUGUCGCACUCUUUGGUUUUUCUUUCCAAUGCAAUUUUAUAUCUUUUAAUCAAAUUGUUGUUUUCAAUCAAAUCCGCGCGAAUCAAGUAGGAAGGAAAUGUUGCGCAAAUGUGCGAAAGAUUUGCAUAUCUUACAUGUAAUUUUUUUUUUAUUGAUUUACCACGCAUCGCCCGAGGGAAUUCAAUCGUGUUCGCGUGUAAUAACUGAAACUACCUUAACUGCUCGCGCGGCGUAAACAGAUAUUUAGCGAUG